UUCUCCAGAACCGAAAGUUUGCGACGCUGUUAGCGAUUCCUCGUUUGCUGCACCCUGCACCACACACCACAACAAACGUGGCACACAACACACAGCAGCCGCUGCACCCCACCAUAUCCACACACCCCUCCAUACACCAUCUCCAACUCUCUCCCUCAUAUCACCCCCAAGCAAGCAAAGCGCACCCCCUCACACCGCCACUAUGAGCCUGAACCAGGAGCAGAUUGAGCAGCAGAUUGCUCACAUGAUCAAGUUUAUCGAGAGCGAGGCAGACGAGAAGGUUACAGAAAUCAAAGUCAAGGCCAAGGAAGAGUUUGACCGCGAGGUGGCACGAAUGGUCAAGGAUGAGGAGAGGAAAAUCGUCGCCAUGUAUGAGCGCAGGGAGAAGGGCAUGGAAACCCAGAAGCGCAUUGCAUACUCAAACAAGCUGAACGCAGCGCGUGUGAAGGUUCUGCAAGCACAGGACGAGUACCUUCAGCACAUUGUGUCAGAUGCCAAGGAGGAGGUGAAGAAGCUGGCCGGUAACAAGAAGAAGUACUCCAAGCUGCUUCGCGACCUCAUCACACAGGGCCUGUGCAGCCUGUUGGAAACACAGGUUGACCUGAUGUGUCGCAAGAAGGACGUGGCCCUCGUCAAGGAGGUCUUGAGCGACGCUGUUGCAGACUUCAAGAGCAAGACAAAGCUGGACUGCACCGUCAACGUCAACGAGAAGAACUUCCUCAACGAUGACUGCGGUGGCGGCGUCGAGCUCUCUGUGCGAGGCAACACAAAGGUCACCAACACACUCGACAAGCGCAUGGAUAUGGCCGUGUCCCGGUUGAUGCCUGCCAUCCGGUACAAGCUCUUUGGCGCGUCAACCAGCCGUGCCCACUUCGACUAACUGCAUAACUCUCUCCGCCUCCCCUCUGUUUCUUUUGUUUGUUAGUCUGUUGCCGACUGUGUUCUUUGCUGUUGUUGGUUGUCUGGUUGUGAACUGCGUUGUCGUGGACCGCAGUGCUUCGCUCUCGUACUUUGUGCAAUAAUCCAGCUGCUGUGUGUUCCUUCCAUCUUGUAUCGUGUCCCAUCGCCGUGCUUGUCCUCUUGUAGUUUUUCCUUUCGGUUGGCUUCUGUCGACGCUCAGUUGGCUCUCAGGAUGUUUGUUACAUUCCCUCCCCUUUCUCCUUCCAGCCAGUGAACCAAACACAACAACAACAACAACAACAACAACA